UUGGGCUCCAGGAGGACUCCACUUGGAAUACAGUACUCAACCUUGGGCUCUUCAUAUGCAGCCCAAAACUGAACUAGCUUUUUUACAGCCAUAUUGCAUUGUAAACUGCCAUCUCACUUGCUGGACUAUUUCAGGCAUUGCUGCUCUCCUCAUUUCUUUCUCCCGUUGCCUGUCCACAUUUCAGAUUAGUUUUCUGCAGCUGCACAGAUUCAGCCUGAGUCUCAUUUUAUCAUUUCAGCCUUUUAGGUACUCUGUUGUUGAAGUUCUUGUAACAGGACUCUUGUGUCUGCAGUAAGAAUGCAAAGAGAAGCACAAUCAUAUUUAAACCAGGAGACGCGCAGUCUUGUGCCGUCCUUCAUCUGUACUAUGUGACAGGAGGAAACUGCUUGAGAAAAGGGGAGGAGGAGGAGAGAGACUGAGAAGGUGAGAGGAUUGAAUUGGAAGGGAGGAGAGUGAGAAACAAAGGACAGGACAAGCUGUAAAACAGAAGAAAGGUGAGAUUGGAAAGGAUGAAGGAGAGAGGCAGCACCCCAUGGCAGUGUGGAGCACGCUGCUGCUGCCAUCUGUCUGAAGGGGCCUACGGCACUGACAAUGUGCUCAGCUCUGCACAAGACACAGUACGGACAGGCCUUCACCCCAGGAGCACAGAGAAGACCAGAUGCACUAGGGCACCCUGAGGAGAAUGUUAGAUUAGCGCCCUGGGAUGCCAUCAGGUGCUCGAAUGCCCCAUCAGGGGGCUCCAAUGGGUCCCCCAGGCUCACCAUAUGUUGGAAGCCCCUCAGUGCGCCCUGGAAUGCCCCAAACAGUGAUGGAACCAACACGAAAACGCACAGCACCUCAGCAGGUACAACAACAGCAGGCGCAACAGCAGGUGCAACAGCAGCAGCAAGCAACUCAAACCCGAACCCGGAGAUCCGGGAGUUGGUUCCUGAGUCCCAGGCCUACAUGGACCUGUUAGCCUUUGAACGCAAACUGGACCAGACCAUUAUGAGGAAGCGGGUGGACAUUCAGGAAGCCCUGAAGAGACCGAUGAAGCAAAAACGGAAACUGAGGCUUUACAUCUCCAACACCUUUAACCCUGCAAAAUCUGAUGCUGAUGACUCUGAUGGCAGCAUUGCAUCCUGGGAGCUGCGAGUGGAAGGGAAGCUCCUGGAUGAUCUCAGCAAACAGAAGCGGAAGUUUUCCUCCUUCUUUAAAAGUUUGGUCAUUGAGCUGGACAAAGAUCUUUAUGGACCUGACAAUCAUUUGGUGGAGUGGCAUAGAACUCCCACUACCCAGGAGACUGAUGGCUUCCAGGUGAAGAGGCCUGGUGAUGUGAGUGUGCGGUGCACACUUCUCCUCAUGUUGGAUUACCAGCCUCCACAGUUUAAACUGGACCCACGACUGGCCCGUUUGUUGGGAAUACACACACAGACCCGAUCAGCAAUUAUCCAGGCCCUCUGGCAGUACAUCAAAACAAACAAACUGCAAGACUCCCAUGAUAAGGAAUACAUCAACUGUGACAAAUACUUCCAGCAGAUCUUCGACUGUCCACGGCUAAAAUUUUCCGAAAUUCCUCAGAGACUCACUAAUCUGCUGCUGCCUCCAGACCCCAUAGUUAUAAACCACAUCAUCAGUGUUGACCCCAAUGACCAGAAAAAGACAGCGUGUUAUGACAUCGAUGUGGAAGUUGAAGAUCCUUUAAAAGGACAAAUGAGUAGCUUUCUCCUCUCAACAGCCAAUCAGCAGGAGAUCACAGCACUGGACAACAAGAUUCAUGAGACAAUCGAAUCUAUAAACCAGCUAAAGAUACAACGUGAUUUCAUGCUGAGUUUCUCCAAAGAUCCCAAAGGAUACAUUCAAGACCUUCUCCGAUCCCAGAGCAGGGAUCUCAAGGUGAUGACUGAUGUGGUUGGGAACCCUGAGGAGGAGCGUAGAGCUGAAUUUUAUCAUGAGCCCUGGUCCCAGGAGGCUGUGAGCAGAUAUUUCUACUGCAAGAUCCAACAGCGCCGGCAGGAACUGGAACAGUCUCUGGGAGUGCGUAACACAUAAACAUUAUUCACAACCUCCCAUUGGCAUCAUGAAUCUAGAGCCAGUGGACGUCUCAGUGUUACUUAGCUCACUGUUACACAUGGACUUGCUUAAUGACUGGACAAGAAUCUGCCAUCAGCAACACCAGUCACAACACCAGCUUUAGCGUGACCCCUGAAAAUCCUGCUAAUGUGAGUGUCUCAAACCAUUCCAGGCCGGAGAGGGCACAAGAUUUCUAUUCCUCACUGAGGUGUCCAUAUUAAUAAGGAUUAAAUGUUCAGCCAUCUACUUGCAUCAUUGAGUUUUAGUAGAAAGUUCAGACACUACACAGCAAACUUAUUGGACUAUACCAUAUAUUCAUGGGUGGGGGGGAUGCUAGAUGUUACAGGAGACUGUGGAUGUGGAGAAACAAAGGCAGUUCUCAUUCUUCAUGGUUUCAGCUGUGAUCUGAGAAUCUCCUAUGACAACUUUCUGCACUGAUAAUUCCCUGAAAUUGGACAAAAUGUUCUCUCUUUCAGCUGUGGAAUCAUUCAGUUACCCAAACACAGCUUCCAUUCCAACUGGAACUGGCCAAGGGGCUGCCCUCCCCCAUGGGAGAGAAAGAUUUCUGCCCAUUAAGUGACAAAACAUCUAAAAGGAAGAGGUACAGUCAGACCAUUCAUUCUGCAAGACCUUAUCCCAUUGAGUGAAAGAUGGAGUGAAGUCUGUUUCACCACACAAGCCAAUAACUCAUCAUGAUGCUCAAAUUUGCCAUGCUAAGAGGAAAAUAACUGCCUCUAUGAUAAGAAAACUGCCAGUGACGUAAUUGGAGCCAGUAGUGGUGAGGUUGGAGCCAAAAUGAAGCAUUCUGGGAAAGUGGAAAUGAUCUAGUGGUGCUUUGUGUGUAUAACUGCUUUAGCUACAGUUAGUAUUACUGGAAGGCUACAAUGUAAGGUAUCUGAUUUCAUUAUUUCUGUGUUGUGCUGGCUGUAACAUUAGGAACAGUGCUCAAGAGACGUUUCCUCCUGAUUACUGAAGUGCUGCAGCGUCCAAGAUGUGCAACUUCAUAGCAUGUAAGAAAAUUGCAGUGACUUCUCUUCUCUGACUCCAUGGAUGAACCCUAUGUUUCAACCACAGAUGUACUACCUAUACCAGAAAAAACUUUCAACCCCUUUAUUUAAUCUGUAACUGUACUUCAGGAUGCUGCUGGGUUACAAGCACUAUCUGCCUCAAUCAAGUUCCAGCAGUAGAGAUUGAGAACUAGAAAAAACAGCUUCCCUCGAGAAGUAUAGGAGAUCCAGGCUAUGAAAAUUACAACCUAUUAAACAGCCAAGAAGUAGGGAGCAGUGGCACAUGCCCACUCUUCAAACUCCAAAUCUAUGUAGCUCCCAGGUCAGUCUGUAAUAAUAACCUACCAUGAUUCCCAGCCCAAAAAGCAGUUGCCAAAGUUGAAUGAAUGACAUAUUAAUGACUGAGAAAUCGAACUCCUCUUCUGGGAUACUCCUACUUGCAUCCUUUUCUUCACUCUCAUGCAAGGAAAAAUAAGUUCAGGUUUGUAGUGCACUGUUCUUCUCAACAAUGUAGUUUGUUUUAAUAUUGCUAUCUCCUCCUCUGUCAUCUUUGCAGGUCUUCCCUGUUGGGGAAUUGUCCUCUUCUGGUGUACUCCUGAGUUUCCUUUGUCCAGUUCUGGAAGGGGACAUCCAUGCCUCUUCAUCCAUGUCUCUCUGCUUUUGUAUAUCAUAGCUUUCACUCUGACCAUUGUGUUCAGAGACCUGUUUGGGCGUUUGAAUUUGGAUUGUGAUGAUGUAACAGUCAGUACUAUCUUAUAAAUUAAUUUGGUGUGAGACAGAUCCCUGCUUUGUCCUGGAUAGUGAGGCCUUUUAUUGUAAAUGGGGGAGCAUACUCCUCAAUGCUUGGGCUAAACCGUUUCAAUUUUAAAACCACUCCAGUACUGCAGUCUUAAGCUAAGGCUAGAGUGGGAAUGUAAGGUUCCUGGGAUGUGAAAGAAGCUCUCAUUUACUCCAUUAACCUGACCACAGGCAAAACAUUCUGAAGGGAAACAGAGUGAGUUAUCUGCAACUGUGCUUCCAUAUUUAUUAGGCUGCUGUAUCAGUUGUGUGCAUGCUAUCCAGUGUGUAGGCUCUUUUCAGUACAUGUUAAACAGAGCAGCUACAUUCAGAGGAUGGGUUCAGUCUCCAGGAAUAAGAAAUACAUAAAUAAUACUUGUUUGUUUGUGUGUGUGUGUGAGGAAAGGAAGAGCAGGGGCUGGGGCAUAAGUAUGCAGCACAUGUGCCAGAGAACUUUAGAUUAGGUAAAUUUUCCCCUUCAGGUGCCAGAUGGUCAUGUGUGGAGAUUCCAGCUGUGCUGCCUCCACUGAUAAAAGAAGAUGGAGUGGCAACAGCCUUUCUUCCUUAUACAAGUCUGACUCAGUCCAGGAUUUAAUUGGACAUUUCUAUUACCCCAGGUCUGUGCUUUCUGGUCAGGUUAUUCAGAAUCACCAUUAGUGUUGUUGCUUCCAACUUAGAUAUUUUUACCACUACAGUAUGUUAAUGCCAUAGAUUAACUAGCGAUAACACUGAAUAUAUCCAGCUAGAGGUUGUAUUCUCAGAGUCUCCCCCAAUGUUGUCCAGAAUUAUAUUCCCCAAUGAUUAUUCUUAGGAAUGGCUGAUGGCUAUCUCCCUUGGCUGAACUGAUUAUGGAGUUUGAUUUUUGUCGUUUAGAAACAGUCCUGCUCCUGCUCUUUUACUGAGGAAGUAAAGAGAGAAACAGUCCCUUGUAUUAUGGCAGUACAGCCAGGAGCUUGAGCCAAUACUGUAAGCAAGAAGGGAAAUUGUAUGUAGGGAGAAACAAUAGAGCAGGAUUGGGUAGAAGCCGAACAGCAUUGUAAUAAUGGCAGAAUUUGAACAAUAAACUAAAUUGAAUAAACUUAAUGGAUAGAAGAGGUUAGGAAGGCUCUGGAGAAAGCUCUCAGCAGAUGAUGAUAGAGGCAAAUCAUGCCUAGUGCAGGGUAAGGGCCUACAUGGACUAAAAGAUCCUUUCUGGCUAUUCUAUUUUAUUGCUAUAGGACAACACAAAUCUAUGCAGGGUGCAACAAAAAAGUCUAGCAUCUGUCAGAGAAAGGGGGUAGAUAACAGCAUAUAGGUCCAUAUCUAUAUAUAUAUGGUGUAAACUAGAACCUAUAGCAGAUGACUGGGAACAGUUUAGUGCAGAAUCCAUAGUGUGCCAAUGCAUGGGGACUAGGAAGGUGCAUCUUGGAGUUAAACUGUGAAAUUGGCAGAUUUGUAACACUCUUUUAGUAAUCCCUGCUUUGCACAGUGGAUAAGGAUUCAGAGGCAGUGCUUUCUAGAAAGUACAGAAUGAAAAGACCUAUUUGGCCAUCUAGUCAGUUCCCCCAAAUGGGUGGCGGAAUACAGCGGUGGGAAGACAUGGAGCAGAGAGCACUCGAAGUGCUAUUAAAUCAUAGCACAGACUAAUCAGUGCAAUACCAUUUGGAUAUAGCACAGUCCAUGUAAUUCGGUAUGCUCUCUGUGUGUAUGCAAGUAUAGAUAUAUAUGUGAAAUAACCAAGUGAGACAGCCAGUCUGAUAACUACUGUGUAGGCUAGAAAAUGGGUAGGCAGGGCACAGCCUAAUAGUCUGUCAUAAACUUUGUCUGAAUUAUGGACAUUGUAGAAAUUUUUUUCACCAUUACUAACACUGGUUCAGAUGAAACUCGUAGUAUUGGCCAUUCUAGUGCAGAAAGCACUCCAGCUGCCAAAACUGAUUGUAGCACCAUGUUUAGAAUUGUGCCUUGCAGCAUUGGAUGGCACAGUCCUGGAGCAGCUUGUGAGUCACCUACAAUAGAAUGCCCUUGUUAAUACUUGUGCAGUCAAGACUGUAGUCAGGUUUCUUUCUGUUAAACGCUCUUCCACAUGCAGUGGAAGCAGGUGAGGGCAAAGCAGACUGUUUUCCUGAAGAGUGCUUCCUCCUUUCUUGUAACUGCUCUGUUGUUCAGUGAGCUGCUUCUGAUCCAUCAGAUCUUACCUUGUAUGACAAACAGCUUUGCCAAUCUUAUUCAGGAAUGGAACUCCAUAACUUGUGUGUGUGUUUGUGUGUGUGGGUGGGGGGGGGGUGGAGAGAGUGACAAGAGAGAGCGAGAUUUCCUCUACUGUGUAGCCACCAUAUCUUUGUUGUACGAUGCAGAGUGAUUCGUAGAAAAGCUUUUAACAAUAAAUAAUUUGUUCCUUUGUAA